UGACAAAACUUGACGUUUUCUCAUUUUCGCUUUUGCAUUUGUACGAAAAAGUCGUACGUGAAGAAGUAAACUGUCAACACCCGAGAGGUUUUGAUGUUCCCUCUUGUUCUUGGUUGACAUUUUCUUGGCGUAUUACUUUUUAAACUUGAGUGAGGUACUCGUUUCAGUGAUGAAUUACUUUGAGUCGUUCCUAAUAGACUCGAUGGUUUAUUGAUAUGUUGUUACCUUGGCAACAUAACAGUACUAUUGCAUUUCGCAAAGAGGAGCUUACAAGCCCAUAUUAAAUGGUCAAGGUCCGUGGGUCAAAGCAGUAAUCCGUAUUAGAGUCGGCCCAGAAAUGGUCAAAAGCAGUAAAAUAAAAGUUGUGGCCGUUUCACCUUCUAACAUUGUGACAAGCGACUACCUAACUAAUGAUUCGACAGUAUUAAAUUUUGAUUGGUCUUUGAAGCCGAUAACGACUUGGCUUCAAAUUUUUGGCAUUCAGCCACCGCUAAUCUCCUCUGUUAACCGAAACAGUUGUUGCAAUCGGUUUGUGGUACUCAUUCCGAUUGCAGUAGUUUUCUAUUUUCUGAAUGUUGGCUGCAAUGGGUUUGCUCUAGGACAAAUUAAAUGGAAUGCCACCAAGAAGAACUAUAGUAGCAGUUCUACCAGGAACUGGAAUUCAAUCAUUAACGAAAUGAAUUUUAGUUUACUGACUUUGGCGACACAUUCCGCUCUUUUAUUCUUCAGCUAUUUCAUGGCUUGGAAGGGUCUGACGGAAGUGCUCCGGCGAUUGGAACAAUGCCACCAAUUUGACAGUGGCCAUUAUAAAAAAUUCCGGAGAAUCUGUACAGUUGGGUCUUGCUUCAUGUUGAUCGAAAUUGCCAUUGAAUUAUUUGAGACACUUUAUGGCCUUUUAUCGUUCGACGCAAAGAUAUUACCAACCUUCCGUGUUAUUUUAUCCGGAUUGAGGAUGGUGUCACUCGUGUUCCCAUUUCUUGGCACUAUCCUGUUCUGUUGUCUGGGAUGGAUGGCUUCGAUCAUGUUACGAAUCAUGGCAGAGGAAAUUGAAUCGUCAAUCAUCAAUCGCCCUGUUAAUAACUCUAGAUUGAAUAAUUGGGUCUUGAUGUCUUUGGAUGGAUGGAGGCGCCGCUAUUUCCUGAUUGUCGAAUUUGUGCAGCAAAUCAACUGCCAUUUCGGUUUUAUUCUUUUGGUCGUCACGGCAUCAGAAUUCGUUCGGAUAACCAACACAUCUUUCCAAUUACUCGUUGAAUUUCUAAAUAACAGUUGGACAUUGUCUAGCAUGUCCACGAUCUUGAUUGCCUUUGACUUUAUUAAAGAGACGGCCUGCUUCUGUAUUUUGCUCUACGUACCUACUAAAAUCCAUGGAGAGGCCAGUGACUUGGUCAAACGGUUGCGGAUGAUGGACUUUGACGAUUACGGUCCCCGAACCCAGAUGAAAUUUCUAGUUGAAGAGAUGACUCAUUCGCUUCCGAGUAUCGCACCGAUGGGGUUAGUUCAAAUAAAUGUCCAACUCAUUCCAACGCUGAUUGGAACGACGUUGACAUAUUUGAUUAUCCUUUGCCAGUUUCACUCGUCAGAGACUGUCUAAUAAAAUUUGAAUACAAAAGGAAGACUACGUGGGAAAAAUUCGAUUAUGAGUGGACUCGUACAGAAGCUUUUGAUAAGAGGAUUUCAUUGCAAGACCGUUCACCGCAAGUAUUUUUUGUUGGUUUUAUGUAUUUCUUUCGGACGUAUACUUGCGAGCGUAUCCGCCACAUAUACUUGGCGUUGCUUGUAUAGGGAAGAUCAUAACCUACUCUAAACACGGCGGCUGCACCGAGUCACGUGAUGAUCGUUAUCAUUAAAAAAAAAUCAAAUCUUUUCUUUCGGCAAUUUGAUGAUUUUUAAAUGUCUCGUUUUCCUACUACUAGAUGGCGUGAAAGAAUCAAGUUGUAAAUCUCACCACUAGAUGGCGAAGCCCCACAUAAACGUCAGAUUUUGUUUGCACCGAGAUUCUCGUUUCGAAAAUACCUCGAGGCCAAAAUGUCUCGAUGUUCAAAGAGUUUUUUUACGGGUAGGAGGAGGGAGGUGGUACGUGAACAGAGGGUGGCAGCUCAACAAGGUUUCCCCUAUCUCUGUUGGUGAGGGGGGGUUUCGGUGUGUCGCUGGCGUCGUCACUACGAGUCGGGACGUUGAUUGGAGUGGACGGUGCGCGCGUCUCGAGAGUCGGCGUCCAAAGAAAAGAAGAAUCAACACACGACGACCAACUCGAAAAACGAAUCAAUCAAAAACCCUAAGAGAUAAUUAAGAGACUUGAUUUCGUUUGUUUUCUCUCAACUGGCCCAGUGCUUUUCAAUUGUGUCAGUUUGUUGUGUGUCUGUGUCGAGUUUUCCGUGUGUCUAAUCAAUUGAAUAAG